AUGGGUAAGGUGAGACUGAAUUCUAGAAUGAUAUUACUGAUUUCCUCGCUUAUGUUUACAUACACGGCACCAGUGUCCGAAAUAGUCCUUCCCACCCACUUUGCAUUCAAGAGAACCUAUCUUUCUCUUCUGCUACUCUCGAGCAUUUUCUCAAUAAUUUACCUGGCACUUUCCAUAGUUUACAGAGGUCAUGUCAAGUACGAUAUAGAAACAGUUAACUUAGUGAGCCACUAUAAUACAAAGAAAUUCUGUAGAAAAUGCAACAACUACAAGCCGGAGAGAGCCCACCAUUGCUCGUCUUGUGGGCAUUGCAUAAGAAAGAUGGAUCAUCAUUGCUUCUGGAUAAACAACUGCGUGAAUUACGAUAAUCAAGGCCACUUUAUAAGAUUUCUGUUCUUUACGGCCUUGGCAAACCUGCUCAUAUUUGCAUAUGUAUGCGGGGAGUUUGGGGCAAUUCUGCUCUUCGAUAGAUAUCUUAGACAUAAGAAGGACUACUAUCUCCUGGUGCUGUCCGGAAUAUCAUCGCUUGUGUUUCUUAUAAUGACAUCUUUCUUUCUUUAUCUACAACUGAGACUUGCUUUAAUGAAUAUGACUUUCAUCGAGGAGCUUAAGCAAGAAGAUAUCAGUAGGCUUCAGGGCACACCCUUUCUUAGGUCUCCCUAUGACAGAGGUGUCGUAACCAACCUUAUAGACACAUUAGGCCCACCCUAUACUCUUUUCCUUAUGGGACCUUUUGGCGAUGGAGUCACAUUUGUCAAGACAUACUCUACAGAGCACUGGCCGACCCCGUACAACUAUCACUGCAUCGAAGAUCUCAUGGUUAUUUAA